AUGACCAAUAAGAGUGAUGAGGAAUAAUACGGGUGCCGCUCCGUUAGCAAGGGGACGGCUGUUUCUUUUGCUGCUAAUUUUGGAUAACAGUUUGUAGUAAAUGCACGGUUUUUGACGUUCGCCCCACUUCCAUACGAACUAUGAACGACAGACACAUUGGAUAAGGAGGGAUAUUAUUUUUUUGAACAGCGUUUAGCAAGUGUGUCCCGCCUGUUGGAACGAUGGAGACUCUAAUUCCCACCAUUAACCGGCUGCAGGAGGUCUUCCUCACAGUGGGUGCAGAGAGCAUACAGCUGCCUCAGAUUGUCGUUGUUGGAUCUCAGAGCAGUGGAAAGAGCUCUGUGUUGGAGAGCCUGGUUGGCCGGGACUUCUUGCCUCGGGGAUCAGGAAUAGUCACAAGACGACCCCUCGUGUUGCAACUUAUUAAUGUUGCCCCUCUGAAGGAGAGACUGAAGAUCGAGAGUGGCAAUGGGGUAAAACAAAAUGCCCAAAACAGCUACCCAGGUGUAAAAGCUGAAGAGUGGGCUACAUUCCUGCACUGCAAGAACCAGGUCUUCACAGAUUUUCAGGAAAUCCGUCAGGAAAUCGAAACAGAGACUGCUCGCAGUUCUGGUGACAACAAGGGAAUCAGUCCUGAGCCCAUAUAUUUGAAGAUUUUCUCUCCCAAAGUCCUUAAUCUCACCUUGGUUGAUUUACCUGGAAUUACUAAGGUUCCUGUUGGGGACCAGCCAGAGGACAUUGAGGCUCAAGUACAAGAGAUGAUCCUGUCCUUCAUCUCCAAUCCAAACUCCCUCAUCCUUGCAGUGUCCCCUGCCAACUCUGACUUGGCCACCUCUGAUGCACUGAAAUUGGCUCGCGAGGUUGAUCCAGAUGGUCGUAGAACACUGCUGGUCGUCAGCAAGCUGGAUCUGAUGGAUGCGGGGACGGAUGCUUUGGAAGUCCUUCUGGGUCGAGUCAUUCCAGUCAGACUUGGGAUUAUCGGGGUGGUUAACAGGAGCCAGCAUGACAUCAAUACACAGAAAAGCCUGGAGGACUCGAUGAAGGAUGAGCAGGCUUUCCUGCAGCGCCACUACCCCUCGCUUGCCUCCCGCGCAGGCUCACGCUAUCUGGCUAAAACUCUCAGCAGGCUCCUCAUGCACCACAUCCGGGACUGCCUGCCAGACCUCAAAACCCGAGUGACUGUGCUGAAUGCCCAGUACCAGGCACGGCUCAACAGCUACGGUCAGCCAGUAGAAGACCACAGUGCCACCCUGCUGCAGAUUGUCACCAAGUUUGCCAGCGAUUACUGCAACACCAUCGAAGGAACAGCCAGAUACAUUCAGACUUCAGAGCUCUGUGGGGGUGCUCGGAUCUGUUACAUAUUCCAUGAGACCUUUGGCCGCACUUUGCAGUCCAUCGACCCCCUGGGAGGACUGACUGAGCUUGAUAUCCUCACUGCAAUCCGCAAUGCUACGGGUCCACGGCCAGCCCUUUUUGUGCCCGAGGUGUCCUUUGAGUUGUUGGUGAAGCGGCAAAUUAAGCGGCUGGAGGAGCCCAGUCUGCGCUGUGUAGAGCUUGUUCAUGAAGAGCUGCAGAGGAUCAUCCAGCACUGCUCCUCCUUUAGCACGCAGGAGCUUCUGCGAUUCCCUAAACUGCAUGAUUCCAUAGUGGAAGUGGUGACUGGAUUACUGAGGAAGCGCUUGCCAAUUACCAAUGACAUGGUACACAAUUUAGUAGCAAUAGAACUCGCCUACAUCAACACAAAACAUCCAGACUUCACAGAUGCUGCACAGGUUUCAGCAUCUGUCAACAGUCAGCAGGCAGAGGCCCUUGAUGGAGGCAAGCGCUGGAAGAACGAGAAGGUGGCGGAAGAGAAAGCCCCAGCUGCAGGCUUUGGCAGCCCCAGCAAAAGCCAGGCCAUUAACCUCCUCGACACAGCGGUGCCCGUAUCCCGAAAGCUGAGUGCAAGGGAGCAGAGGGACUGCGAGGUCAUCCAGCGCCUCAUCAAGUGCUACUUUCUCAUUGUUCGUAAAAGCAUCCAAGACAGUGUGCCCAAGACAGUGAUGCACUUCCUGGUGAACUUUGUGAAAGAGCAUCUGCAGAGUGAGCUGGUGGGACAGCUUUAUAAACAGCCACUGCUGCAGGAGCUGCUCAUUGAGUCACAGGACACGGCACAGCAGCGGACCGAGGUUGCUCAAAUGCUUGAGGCGCUCAAAAAAGCCAAUAACAUCAUCUCUGAGAUCCGAGAAACCCAUCUGUGGUAGCCAGAGGAAACGAACAAUUCACUUCUCAUAGGACAGCUUUGACAGUAUGAGAGUGUAUGUCAGUUUACAGCACAGAGAACAAGUGUGUGUGUGUGCGUGUGUGUCUGUGUGUGGCAGUACCACUCUUUUUUUUUUUUUUUUUCCUUGGACCAACGACCAUAGCACAUUUAGAUGAACUUUGUCCCGUCAGCUGUUGCCCAGACUGGGGCUGUUGCUUUUCACUGUGAACGAUUAAUUGAUUAAACGCUCAGGCCGAACGUGUUAUUGCAAAGUUGCAGUAAGAAAGACGCAGCCGCGAACAGAAUCCUUUUGUGACGAGUUGUUUGUUGUGUCAUAAGAUUGUUGGUGUAAAAUGUAACAUGCAAAUUAUAUGUGGAGUAUUUAUGUUGUCCUCCAGGCUGUUCUUUGGAUCAAGUGUGCACACUUUUAUAGUUUCCCACAAACUGGGCUUCCUCUGAGCCCCUUCAGCAGGUGCUAUAAUUAUGUGAGAUAAGACGUGUUUUAUCUUUAAUCCCUUCGUUGGAACUCUCACCAGAUAUAGAAAUGAAGCGACUGACUGUGGUGCAACAUUAAACACAGAGCACGACCAUUUGCCGAAAUUGCAGCAUCAUUUCAGAUUGUUUUUCGAGCUCUGUAGUGCUAAUCAAUAUCAGGUUUAUUUUCCCGAGUCACAUUUACAUAUAAGCCCAUUUAUACUGUUAACAGCUGCACUGACUUCAUUGUUUUGUGUGUAGUCAUAAACACAGAGACCAAAUAUACCAAACAUAUAUUUUCCUCUCCUUAUUUAUUAGGUUUGCAGGAGACUCCCACAUAGAGAUGGAGCGUGACUAUGUUAUGUACAUAUCAUGUAGCAUUUGGAAAACUUAAAGGAAUUAAAAUGUAUAAGACUAGACAGGACAUUAUGUGGGGUGAGUACUCCAACAUGUGUUAGAGUUUUAGAUCCACGUGUUAUGACAAAUAUUCUGUAUCUUCUCUUCGUUUCCUUGAAUCACUUGUUUACUGGUUCGGAUAGGAUAAGGUGGAUUCCUGUAAUUGUCACCAUCCAUUAGUGAGGAUACUACCUCUUAAUGUAAGACAGACAGGAUGCAGACACUUCCUGCAUGCAGCUUAUUCCCAAAUGUGAAUGUAGAUCUGAAGUUAGCCAGAGCCAUUAUAUGUCAUUAUGUAAUAUUACUGGCUGUGAAAAAUUCUUCACCUUUUUUCCAUCUACUCCCAACAUAGGUUGUUGUUCAGGCAUAUUCCUCCCCUAUUAAUGUGAAAAAAACCCCAUUUCUUUGAAGAGCUGUCUUAACGGGACCAUCAAACAGAGUUCUGAGUUCUUCUGUGUGAUCAGGGAGCACAACAUCCUGUCAGCCUGUCUUUCUGAAAGCCCUGUGCAAGUUUGCAUGUGUGUGUUCAGUAUGCAUGUGUGUACGUAUGAUUGACUGAUUCAUGUACAUUUUGUAUUAUUUAAAUGUAUAGUAUUAUGAUUCAUCAACUGCCUCCGAGUUCUUGCCUGCCAAUAUUUGUGAUACAUGUUUACUGAAUGAAGUCUGUUGAGAUUGGGGGGGACUCAUUAAACCCUAACAAAGGA